CCAGCAUAACCGCACGAGGUUUUGUUUUGGUGAUUUGGUUGAGAAAACGCUGGACGGAGACGAUUGGAUUUUUGUUCUUUGCAUUUAGAAACAAAUUUACGUACACAAAACAUGGGUGGUAAUUCCAGGAAAUUCAAAAAGGCUGAAAAAAGCAAAGUUAAAUUGAAAGGAGCGAAACUGCCAAAGGGCACAAAUGUGACCAAAACUAACUUCAAAGUACGCAAAAUUGUGAUCCCAGAGCAGAUCAAACAACGGAACUUGACCGAUGUGGCCGUUCUCUCUAAUCGAAGCUUGACGGUGAAGGAUUGCUUGGCCAAACUGAAGCAAGCCAACUCCACCUCUAAAUGUGAUGGUCUCCGAGGCGUACGGGAAAUUCUCGCCAAAUUGCCCACCGAGGUGACCGAAAAUUAUCUCAGCACAGCCAUCAAGUCGAUCGCCAGUGUCUCGAUUGAUCAGGAACCGGAAGUGCGCCGAGAUUGCUACAAAACUCUGGGGCUUCUUUUCGCUGCGGCUAAACAGGAAAAUGUGUAUCCCUUUUUCGAAACCCUGCUGUCGUUCCUACGCUGCGCCAUGACUCACAUUCAGCCGCGCAUUCAGGAAGAUUCGUUGCUACUGUUAGACACGUACCUGCUAUACUUACCGCAGUUGGUGCUCCUGAACAGAGACAAAAUCUUUCCCCAAUUUCUUGACAUGAUAUCGAAAUUGAGAAAAGAAACGAAACCGGAGAGAACCUUGACUUUGAAUCUGGACAAGAAAUCGACAAGCACUAAGUGGAGAAGUCGUGUACUGAUGAGGUUGACUGGAAUGCUGAAAAUAUUACUCGAUCACAAGAAAGAGGAUGGAAGUAGGAUACUCGAAUUAGAUGUCCCUGAGCCGAUGGACACGAUGGAUGGAAGCAAUCCUUUCACCGUAAAAUCAUACAGCAUUCCGGCUCGAACAUUCAAAAUAGACAAUGAUUUCGAUGCGAAAUCUCCAUCUUAUUUCCCACUGGUGCAUCAUCAUUUGCUCCAAAACUGUCCCCUACCAUCUCUGUUUCGGAAAACUAUCGGCAAGGAGAAUCUUACCAUGUCCGAUCAGGUAGACGAGGGAUGCAAGCUAGAAACAUACGUUAAAAUGCUGAUGCCUCUACUUUUCGAAUCGUGGCUUGAGGUUCGCCCCGCCAACAGUGAGUCCGCUGAACACGUUCUCUCGCAAGAAGCGGCCACGACACUUGGCCUUCUGUUGGAUAUAGCCAUCCUGUUGUGGGAACUGGUAGAGAUAUAUGGCCGCGAGACGAACAAUUUCGACAUGAGCAAAUGGUUCCGGGAGCAAUACGCUGGGACUUUCAGUGGGCACAUACUCGCUGGAUUUCCUUACUAUCAAAACACGACGAGUAAAAGCCAGCAGAAAGGACGUGAAAAGAGUGGAAGGAAUAUCGACGAGAAGUGCUAUCAGCAGAAUUUCAAUAUUUGCUAUUUCUACUGUUGUUUGAGCGAAAAUUUCCGCUCGGAUAAAACCAAAAACUACGCUAAAGUGGUUAACUACAUGGUGGGUUGUGUUAACGAAUGGAAUUUCCGCUCGCCGGAGGUGAACGCCCAGCUGCUGAAGGUUCUCCGCUAUAUGCUCCUCGAGACGGAUUGCGCUAGCGUUAACCAAACGACCCGCGGUUUGCUCAAAACGCUGCUAGAGGUAUACAUUCAAGCCAAGUUACCACAGGAAACGCGCAACCAAAUAUUAAUUCUGUUCUGCGACAUCAUCGUAUUGAAUGAUCGGCUUUGGAGACAAUAUGGCCAGGAAAUUUUCACUCUCUGGUUGCGAAUGUUGCCUAAUCUUCUAAAAAAACCGACCAUUGAUAUAUCGGUGCUGAAGGCGUUGCUCUGCUUAGCCAAACAAAAUAAUGCCAUUUUCCUGAAAAGCUUGGAAGAGAACGUGGAGGAAAUCGUUGACAACCUCACGAGCAUUAAAGUGGCUAACGAACGACACAAAAACGAAGGCUUAUUGUUGAUCGUGAAUUUGAUAUUCUGGAUCAAUAGGAGAGAAACAUUAGAAAAGUUAUGCGACGCGGAACGGGUUAAGCAGAUGAAAUUGAAUGAUUCCACGAAAACAUAUUUUCUGAGUACAUUACGAACAAGGAUGCAAUAUUUGUGAUUUCUUUGAAAAACUUUCAAUUUAAUAUCAAACCAUUAUAUAAAUAAAAAUAAGCAAUAAAACGUCGUAUUUUUGUGGUCUGAA